CAUUAUGACUCUUGGCAGCUGGCAUCUGGCAUAUACAGCUUUGCGUGUUCCCUGUGGAGUCAUCACACGGAUUGCUUCUUGCAGCAGGUCUGUGCUAGAGAUGAGGCUGCAGCGCUCAACUCUUUGGAGAGGACUCUGCUGUCUCUUAAAGUGCUGCGCAAAUUGACAGUCCACGGAUUCCAAGAUCCCCAACAGAAUAUGGAAGUAAUGGGUUUCCUGAAUGCAGUGUUUGAAAGGCUAAAACAGUUCUUGGAAUGCUGUCGGCAGGUCGGUUCAGAGAGCCCAUGCAGAGAAAAACUGGAAAAGACAAUUAUUCUGUACACUAAAGUUUUGUUGGAUUUCCUGGAGUACCAUCCAUGUGCGUUCAUUCCCCUAAUCCAGCGCUCCCUGGAGUUUGCUGUCACCUAUGUUUUCACACCUGCUGGAGAGGGAGUGACCUUCGAACGCUUCAUUGUUCAGUGCAUGAACCUCAUCAAGCUGAUCGUAAAGAAUGACACAUACAAACCUGCCAAGAACAUUGAUGAGAGUAAACCUGAAAGUCUAGAGGCUCAUAAGAUCAAGACAGCCUUCUUCACUCACCCCACACUGACGGAAAUUGGGCGCCGGCUUGUUUCACACUACUUCCUCCUCACAGAAGAAGAACUGGCCAUGUGGGAGGAGGACCCUGAGAGCUUUGCUGUUGAGGAAACUGGUGGUGACUCUUGGAAGUACAGUCUAAGGCCUUGCACAGAGGUGUUGUUCCUGGACAUCUUCCACAACUACAGUCAGACCCUGACACCAGUUCUCCUGGAUAUGGUUCAAAAUCUACAGGGUCCGACCAAUGUGGAGGAUCCUUUUCAGUUGCUAAUGAAGGAUGCAGUUUACAAUGCUGUGGGGUUGGCAGCAUAUGAACUGUUUGACAAUGUGGACUUUGACCAGUGGUUCAAGAAUCAGCUGCUUGGAGAGCUGCAAGUCAGCCAUCACAGGUACAAGCUGAUACGAAGACGAGUCAUCUGGCUGAUAGGGCAAUGGAUCUCCGUCAAAUUUAAAUCAGAUCUUCGGCCUUUGCUCUAUGAGGUGAUCCUAAGCCUCAUGCAGGAUCCUGACCUGGUGGUAAGCAAACUGAGAACACAGCUGCAUUUCUUUCCUUUUGUGUCAGUAAGGAUUUUUUCUCUUUAUCCCCAUUUCUGACAGUCAUUUGAGAGU